AUCGACUUACCAUGUCUGUUACGUGAGCAUGUGCGAGGCGGUGAACUGUUAAAAAGAGAGAAAGCUUCUCCAUGUUGCAUUUGCUCAGUUGUAUUUGUUAAAUUGAACUAAAAAAAAACUAAAAAAAUUGAAAAAACUACGGACAAAAAAUUUUUGAAAGCUUCUGACAAAACUAAUCGUCUUUUGUGUUCACACUUCAAUAUUUUUGACCAUACAUACACGUGCUAAAUUCGACUAUUGGUUAUUAUUGGAAUUGGAUUCCUCAAAGAAGACUGAGUACCAUUAAAAGAGGAGAAGACCGAGAAACUCAGCGUCGGAUAUUCCAGACUCCGAUUUUCAUCGAAGCUGUCAAAUCAUCGAAGCAGACAGGCGUUAAAGGACCAUUAUAUUUAAAAUUCACCAUUCCAGGAAAUUAUUUGUUACACUGUGUGUAUCUCUUUGAUAUUUCAGAAGAAAUGGCAAAAAUAAAUACCUUAACAUGGAUUGACUAUGUAGUUAUAAUAACGAUGCUAUGUAUAAGUACUGGAAUUGGUAUUUAUUAUAGAUUUAGUGGAGGACGUCAAAAAACUACGGAGGAGUACUUCGUCGCAAGUAGAUCAAUGAGCGUCGUACCAGUUGGUAUCGCCAUGGUGGCCUCCUUUGUAUCUGCCAUUACGCUGCUCGGUUUCUCGGCUGAGAAUUACAUAUACGGAACGCAAUUUGUUGUAAUAAACUUAUCAUAUCUGUUGGGCACUUCGAUUGUAUGCUACGGAUUUCUACCAGUGUUUUACAAUCUACAGGCGACCAGUGUCUACGAAUAUUUAGAAAAACGUUUCGGAGUAAAAGCUAGAAUAAUGACUAGUUUCGUUUACUGGAUUCAACUGCUUUUGUAUUCAGGAGUGGUACUUUAUGCUCCUUCUCUAGCCUUGGAGACAACCACAGGAAUCUCCAAGAUUGCCAGUAUCACUAUUAUUGGCCUCGUAUGUGCCUUCUAUUCGAGUAUAGGCGGCAUUAAGGCUGUGCUAAUAACCGAUGUAUUUCAAGGUUUGCUUAUGUUUGUCGCUGUGUUCUUAAUUAUUGGCACAGCCGCGAAUGAUGUCGGGGGAUUGGGGCAGAUUUGGGAAAUUGCAAGGCAGGGACAACGACUCGAGUUUGAUAGCAUUGAUUUAGAUCCUACAGUAAGACAUACAUGGUGGUCUCUUUCAUUCGGUGGUUUAUGUGUAUUUUUAACUGCUUUUGGAAUGAAUCAAAUACAAAUACAACGUAUGUUAACUGUAAAAAAUAUGCAGGCUGCGCAAAGAGCCUUGUGGUUGUCUUGGCCAAUUACAACACUUCUCGUGACCACAACUUGCUUCUCAGGAUUGGCGAUGUACAGCAGAUAUCACAAUUGCGAUCCACUUCUCCAGAAAAGAAUUACUUCGCCUGAUAUGCUUAUGCCAUUGUACGUUGUAGACACGAUGUCUAAUAUACCUGGUUUACCAGGCCUUUUUGUAGCAGGUGUUUUUAGUGCAACUCUCAGCACGAUAUCUGCGAUGCUAAAUUCUUUGGCAGCCAUAACAUUGGAGGACUAUCUAAAUCCCUUAUACAGAAAAUGCAUUGGUCAUGAAUUCUCCCCUACAAAGUCAGCCUUCAUCGCUAAAGUGCUCGCUUUUGCAUAUGGUAUUAUUUGCAUGGCUGUGGCAUUUUUAACGCAAUUUUUAGGUGGAUUAUAUCAGGCUUUCUACACUAUUAUGGGAAUAACUGGCGGUCCAUUGUUAGGUAUUUUCACACUUGGCAUGGGCACGGAAUCCGCGACGGAAAGCGGUGCGAUGACCGGUGUUAUCGUGGCGUUUUCAUUUUUAUCCUGGAUCGUCUUCGGUCAGCCUCGUCCGAUACCAUCUAAAUUGCCAACUAGUAUCGAAGGCUGUGAUAAUCAUAUUGCAAAUAUAAAGAUGUCCACUUUGCACAACGUCACGAACUUCUCCAAAAGCACUGGUGACAACUCGUUCUUCUAUUUGUAUCGCAUUUCGUAUAUGUGGCACUGUCCUAUCGGAUUCUUAAUAACGUUCUUACUUGGAUUGCUCGUUAGCAAUUUGUCUCGUUUAUUUGUUAUAAAUCAAAAUGACGAGAUAGAUACUAAUUUAUUCUUUCCCGUAAUAGCGCGACGUAUACAUUCUAGGCGACGUGACAAAAUAACAAAUAAAGGAAAUUCUUCGUUAGACAGAAGAUAUUCUCUCAGCGACGUAAUUCACGAGAAAGACGAUGCCGCCGAUAAAAUCUGUGCACAACUAUAACAUUUUAAUUAAAUAUCAGGAAAGAUCGUGGAAUUGUAACAAUUGAGAUCGCAUAACGCCUACACGAUACAAAGCGGAUCUUGGUGUUUCUAUAUAAUAUUAGUGUGAAUCCUACAAUUUUCAUAUAACACCACGUGGCCACAAAUCGCGUGCUUUAACGCAGCUUCAAACCGAGUAGUAUGUAAUAUCACAAUUAAAUUGCCGAAGGCAAUCUAAUAAAUCGAUGUUCAAAGCAUUUAUUUUAAUAAAUCUCCCCUCUCUCGCGACGUCAAAUAAAUGCUAACUUGCAUCUGUACGAACAAUUCUCAUCGACUUUGUAAAGAAAUUUAUUGCGAAAAUAUAACAUUUUAAUUGUAA